AUGGCUGAUAAUCAUGGUCAACAUGAUAGAGAUACCGACAAGAAGGUCUCUACACAACAAAAACCCACCAAGGGUGGUUGGAACGCCGCUAUAUUCAUCAUCUUUGUUGAGGUGGCUGAGCGAUUUGCCUUCUUUGGCAUGAUGGGGAACCUCAUCACAUACCUCACAAACGAACUCCACGAGCCGACUCCUACAGCGGCAAAAGAUGUCAACAUGUGGGUUGGUAUGUCGUGUGUCUUGUCGAUAUUUGGAGCCUUCAUUGCUGAUUCCUUCCUCGGUCGCUUCAAGACCAUCCUUUUCUCCUCCAUCAUUUAUCUUCUGGGAAUGGUUUUGUUGACACUGUCGGUCUCAGUAAUUCCUCUGCAUUAUCGUAAAGAAAUGUUCUUUACAGCGCUUUACAUAUUAACAGUCGGCGAAGGCGGGCACAAGCCAUGCGUGCAAACCUUCGCGGCGGACCAAUUUGACGAGGACUCUGAAGAGGAUAGGAAGGCCAAGAGCUCAUUCUUCAACUGGUGGUAUUUGGGAAUAAUAGUUGGCUCCACUUCUGCCAUCCUGGUCGUAAUAUACGUGGAGGACAAUGUUGGUUGGGCCGUAGGAUUUGGAAUUUUGUUAGCAGCAUUGGCGGUGUCACUAGCAAUAUUUUUGCUAGGAAUGAAGAGGUACAGGAAGCAUGGCCCCCUAGGGAGCCCACUCACUACGGUGGCGCAGGUGCUUGUGGCGGCAGCUCGGAAGUGGCGCGUGAAUGAGACGCGCGGCGGUUGUGGUGUUUUUCAAGGAGAUGAGAGGGAUGGGCCCAACCGGGCUGGUAACUCUAAGGCUCGGACUAUGGCUCGUACUAAUCAAUUGAGAUUUUUGGACAAGGCAAUGAUAAUUGACAACAUCGACACCAUGAGAAAAACCAGAGAUCCUUGGAGGCUAUGCUCUUUAAAUCAGGUGGAACAAGUGAAGCUUGUCUUGCGCCUUAUACCCAUAUGGCUAACUUGCUUGAUGUUCCCAAUAGUCAUAUCUCAAGUCCAAACCCAGUUCACCAAGCAAGGCAGCACAAUGAUCAGAUCAAUCGGACCCCAUUUCAACGUUUCCCCAGCAUCACUUCAAGCCAUUGUUGGCCUCACAAUUCUCAUCACCAUACCAAUCUAUGACAGAAUUCUUGUUCCCUGGGCUAGAAAAUUCACAGGACACCCAUCUGGGAUAACUUCACUACAAAGAAUAGGCAUCGGUCUAUUUCUAACCAUUCUUAUCAUGGUGGUGUCAGCUCUAGUAGAAGCCAGAAGGAUUAGCAUUGUAAAACACCAUAAUCUCAUGGAAAACCCUAAAGCAAUAGUUCCAAUGAAGCUGUGGUGGCUGCUACCACAAUACAUGCUUUGUGGUUGGGCAGAUAUGUUCACGUUUGUUGGGCAACAAGAGCUGUUCUAUGACCAAAUGCCGGAGUCAAUGAGAAGCUUAGGAGCAGCACUUUACCUCAGUGUUUUUGGAGUGGGAUCUUUCCUUAGCAGUGCUGUUAUUUGUGUGGUUCAGGCGAUUAGUUCAAGGUGUGGUGGCCGUGAAGAGUGGCUUGGUGACAAUCUCAACCGCGCACACCUUGAUUACUUCUACUUGGUGCUGGCUGGGUUGAGUGCUUUGAAUUUGUGCGUUUAUGUGUGGGUUGCUAAGCGUUUUGUGUACAAAAAGGUCGAGGGGGAUGAAUCGGAUCAUGAUGUUGGAGGAGAGAAAGAGCUGAGAGUUAUCAAUAUGUAG